UAUAUUUUGAAUUUCAGCCUGUUUUACCUUCGAAUAUAUAUGUAAGCUAACUUGUGACGUAAGCAUUGACCUUGCCGAAGACAUUUUGAAAUCGCACGAUUAAUUUUUCCAAGAGAAAGAAAAAUGGGAGUCCCAGAAGGAAAUGCAGAUAAAGGAAAGAAAAUCUUUGUGAGGUCCUGCUCACAAUGCCAUACAGUUGAGCAAGGAGGCAAACACAAGGUUGGACCUAACCUUCAUGGGCUGUUUGGACGCAAAACUGGACAACAACCAGGAUUUUCUUACACUGACGCUAAUAAAAACAAAGGUAUUACAUGGGGAGAAGAUACUUUAUGGGAAUACCUUGCCAACCCCAAGAAGUACAUCCCAGGAACCAAGAUGGUGUUUGCUGGUCUCAAGAAGGAGAAAGAAAGAGCCGACCUUAUCGCUUACCUCAAGAGCUCAACAUCCAGUUAAUAACAAAUAAACUUAGGAAAUUUAAAACAUUAGGGACAUACCAAAAUCAACAUUAAGUCAUAAUUUGGAAUACAUGAUCAUACAAAAGACAUCCAUCAGGUCCUUUCUUCCAAUAUUAACACAUUCUUUCAUUUCCUCUCAUGAAAUGUAUAAAAUAACAAUCAUUCAGACUUAAUUUUAGUUUUAUUAUAUAUUGAUAGCCACAGAAUGAGUGUAGAUAGUGUGAUUUGAACAUGAUAUUUUAGCAAUGCACUAAACCUUUUUCAAUAGAGUAAGUAACAACCUUAUAAUAUAUCUAGACUGUUAAAGUCAGAACUUUACUAUUUUAAUAAGUGUCAUAUUGUGAAACUCAUUAUUUAUUGACUACCAGUGCAACUACAUUGGACAGUUACAAAUAAAACUAAAGGAAAUGCAACAAA